AUGCCUUGCAAAGACGUAUUCAUUAGAGACAUGACCACAGAAUUCGGCGACUUCUGCUGCCCUGAUCGACUUCGGGAUGAGAUAAGCAAGAACUCCAAAAACUUGCUCCUCAUCGACUGUCGGUCCCAGCCUGAGUACACACGGUCUCACGUCCGUGGGGCUAUCAACAUCACCCUGCCCUCGCUGAUGAUGAAGCGACUCAAGCGAGGGAACCUCAACAUCUGCUCGGUGAUACAGAACAACGAAGCUAAAGAACGAUUUUCUAAGCACUCCAAAACGGCCACCAUCGUCCUGUACGACGAGUGCUCCACUGAGCUCAACGCCAAUCCGGCAUCUGUGAUUAAUUUGUUGGUGAAAAAACUCCGACAGGAUGACUGCCGUGCUUCGUUUCUGCUCGGUGGCUUCUCAACAUUUGAAGAGAGAUUUCCGGAAUACUGCCAGAGUUUGGAUCAGGAGAGCAACAUUAUGGGUCUGUGUAACUUAAGAAUAUCUGACGAGCCCAAAUUCCCGGACAGCGAGACAGUGUCCACCUGCAGCACUUCCAGCCCCAUGCACUGCCCCUUCCCCGUCCAGGUGCUCCCCUUCCUCUACCUGGGCUGUGCCAAGAACUCCGCUGAUCUGACCCAGCUGAGGAAGUACGGCAUCACCCAUAUACUGAAUGUGACCACCAACGUGCCCAACAUGUUCGAGAAAGAGAAGAACUUCAGAUAUUUGCAGAUACCCAUCUCAGAUCAUUGGUCGCAGAACUUGUCUUCCUUUUUCCCACAAGCAAUCCAGUUUAUCGACGAAGCCCGAACUAGACAGAAGGGUGUCCUGGUUCACUGUUUAGCCGGGAUCAGUCGAUCAGUGACCAUCACAGUGGCCUACCUCAUGAGCAGGCAAAACAUGUCCCUCAACCAGGCCUAUGACCACGUGAAGUUAUGCAAGCCAAAUAUAUCUCCCAACUUCACAUUUAUGGGCCAGCUGCUGGACUUUGAGAAAAACCUCUCUGGUGAGAAGUGUUCAGACUCCGGUGAUGAAAUUGUAACAAGUGAUUCAGAAAAACUAAGCCCCACAAGUAGUAGCUGUAGUCCCAUUUGA